AUGAAGCUCCUUCUAGCUCUCGCUGCUCUCGUCGGGGACCGGCCUGUCUGCGCUCCUUUGGAUGAGGACUAUGGCUAUGUGACAGUCCGUCCCGGUGCCCACAUGUUCUGGGUAAUGUAUCAUACAGAACAGGAGGGCGACUACACCAAGUACCCACUCAUUAUGUGGCUCCAGGGAGGCCCAGGGGCUUCGGGCGUCGGAUACGGAAACUUUGAAGAGCUCGGUCCGUACGACAUUAAUGGAAACCGCAGAGAAGGGGCGUGGACCAAGAAGGCCAACGUAAUGUUCGUAGACAACCCUGUCGGAACCGGAUAUAGCUAUGUUGACAACUACAAUGAUCUGACUGUAGACAACGCCCAGAUCGCUUCUGACCUCGUGGUGCUCGUCAAGGAAGCCUUCAAGGUUAAUCCCGACAUGGAAAGAAUGCCCUUCUAUGUAUACGCCGAAUCCUAUGGAGGCAAAAUGACCGUCGACUUCGCGCUAGCAUUUGAUCAGGCUAUAAAAAAUGGCGAAGUUGUGAGUGACUUCCGUGGUGUAGCCCUGGGAGACUCGUGGAUCAGUCCCAUGGAUUCUGUCAAUACCUGGGGAAUGUUCCUCUACCAGAUG